AUGCCAAGUCCCUCUACAGCGGACCCGCUACAGAAGUCUCGCAGAGGCCUCGUUGUAAGCCGUCCUCCUAGUUGUCACCUGACACGCGUUGACGAGGAACCAACAACCACUCAGGACGACAAGGGGCGUGUAUCACAGGUUGAGACUGUAGACCGAGGAGUUGGACCAACACCACAUCCACCACAUGUGGAUCCCCAUGUCCGGGAACCACGCAUUCCAGCUCCAGGAUACUUUGUCAACCCACUCCUAGACCCCCGUAAUGGCCUACUUGAACAUGGAUAUGGUAACGGCUAUGGGUUUCCCUACGGUCAUUUCCCCUACCCCAUAAACCAGCCCCUCCCUCUCGACUCCCACACACUGGAGGGGCGAUACCAUUGGCCCCCUUCUAGUCCAUAUCACCAGCCCAUGCCGGGACUUGCUGCAAGUCCCUCCCACUCUGAUGUGUCGGUGCUUAGUAUGCGUAGCCCGAUAGCACCAGGAGAGCCUGUCACGAGCCUCGCAGCACGAAUUCAUUGGGAACAGCUCCAAAGGAACUAUCUUUAUCAGAGCCCUUUGUCAGGACGACGGUUCAGUCCCUCGUCACUUCCAGGUCUACCCCUCGGUGGUCCUGGAUCUGUGUACAGCGAUUACCCCAGUCAUGUGUCAUACAGUGGGUGGAGUAUGUUUGGGGACAUCCCACCCACUCCGGGAAGUGGUAGCAUCACCCUUCCCGGCUCGUUAGAAAGUUCCCGACUUACAAGUCCUCGUCCCAGUAUUAUAUGUAAAAGUCGAAAACGGGCAUUGUCUCAUUCACCCAUCUCUGACUAUUUGGACAUACAGAGUCUGACACGGAGUUCAGAAGGAUCCUUACAAUUUACUCCAUUUUUACACAGUACCAAUUCAAGGAGUUCCAGUGCAGCUAGUGGAUCCUAUGGUCAUUUAUCAGCAGCCUCCCUUGGAACUGCAAGUCCCGCCAUGCAACAGAUGGGACAUCCCAUGAACCCCUACAUGCGAUCAGGACCCAGCAGUAUGGCCGCCUCCCCAUUCAUCUAUCCCAUGAUGCCUCCAAUGAUGGGAGCAGGGAGAAUUCCUCCAGGGACUCUGAUACCGCCUACCUCACAUUCACAGCCUAUCCAUCAGCAACCUAAACACCACCCACCACCCCAGAUCUCCACGACAACCAAGGAGGCUGGAAGUAGUGUUGUGAGCAGCAGUACAAUAGAUAACGCCAUGGGAGAAAGCAAACGGUCAAAAAUUAAAAAGGAGGCUGACAUGCCCAGUCUAGGAGAUGACCUACAUGAUGAGGAUGAUGAAAAACACAAUGGGGAGGGAAUGGAGAAGGCAGGACAUAUUCCUGUGGAGGGAGAGCCAGACUUCAUAGAGACCAAUUGUCACUGGGAAGGAUGCAACUGCGAGUAUGAAACUCAGGAUGAACUAGUCAAGCAUAUCAAUAUAGAUCAUAUCCAAGCCAAUAAGAAAUCGUUUGUGUGUCGCUGGGUUGAGUGUACGCGAGAAUCCAAACCAUUCAAAGCUCAGUAUAUGUUAGUGGUACAUAUGCGAAGACAUACAGGAGAGAAGCCACACAAGUGUACAUUUGAGGGUUGUAAUAAAGCUUAUUCUCGGUUAGAAAAUUUGAAGACACAUCUGCGCUCACAUACAGGAGAGAAACCCUACAUGUGUGAAUACCCAGGCUGUACAAAAGCCUUCAGUAAUGCCUCUGACCGAGCCAAACAUCAGAACCGUACUCAUUCUAAUGCUAAACCUUAUGUAUGUAAAGCAAUGGGAUGUACGAAACGCUACACAGACCCAAGUUCACUGAGGAAACACGUGAAAACUGUUCACGGUCCAGAUUUCUACGCUAACAAGAAACAUAAAGGAGACAGUUGUAAACAGGAGCGAAACAUGGAGUCUGAACAGGAUCAAGACAAAAAGGAUGAUAACAGCACGAAGAAGAUGGAGGAAUGUCUAACUGUAACACCAUUACAUGCUGCUAUGUCUGGGGAGAGGAGGAGGUCACAGGACAAUGUUGGUAACGCUUUAUCCCAGCAGCAACCAUCACCCCAGAGUAGUCCAGAGGUGAAUGUCACCAACUCUAUACAACCCGAGAUCAUAGAGGAACAUGUGGGGUCUGUUACUCAGGUUACUUUAGAGGAGGAAGUGGACAUCCCAGAACCAGAGGAAGCUGAUAUACCAGGAGGUGGGACAGGCACAGUGAUCGCGCGAAACAAUCGUCUCAAUGUGGUCCAUCAGAAUCGUAUCAAAGGCAAAAUGGUGGGGAAAAACAAUUCCACCUUACCUCAGAUUCCAGGUAGCAACAACAAUCGUAUCAACAGUCAGACAUCUCUUACAGAUAUCUCCAACAAGACUGCUCAAGUCAAAAAUCCACAACUUAAGAGAAUCAUGGAUCUCAACGGUCAUGGGGACAAGCCAUUACCUGGUUACCUUGGGGGUAGUCGUCGUGACAGUAAUACCAGUACAAUCAGCUCUUACCUCAGUAGUAUGAGGUCAGAAGCAAGUCCAUGUUUCCCAUUCGGCAGCAAAUUCUCCAGUCGGCGAUCUAGUGAAGUGUCACAGUUCAGCGAACGUCUCAGCAUUACAAACUCUCCUUAUGAGUAUGACAUUACCGGGAACAUGCCUCAUCAUGGCCCCCAUUGUGGUUCUAGUCGACGGUCAAGCGAGGCCAGUAACAUCAGUAAUGUUGCCGCACAGCUGCAGAAAGCACAUCUUGGUAGCAACCCCAGCCUCAUAGUUCAGUCCCAAGCCAUGCCACUACGUAGUCCCUCAAGUAAAUAUUCCAGCGAGCGUCUUGCACGUUUCUUGGCUGCUCGCAAUGAACUGGAUGGUGCUCGAACGAGUACACCGUGUCGCACUCCACUACCUCACGAGAUCCCCAACAGGGAUGUGCGCAGGUAUAGUGACCCAGUACGAACACUAGACCCAAAUUUCAGUGUGCUAAAGAGACUACAAAGGUUUCAUAGUUUAAAUAUGAUGAAACCACUACCAGUACCUCAGUCAAUGAAAAGUCUGUUAAGUAAGACCGGAUCUAACAACACGUUCCACUCAUCGCGGAGUAGUAUUAUGACCGAUCAUAGUCUCGCAGAAAAUGAGGAGUGGUCUCCUGGUGGUCCAAAUGACGGGAGUAUGGACACUGAUAUUGAGGCAGCACUGAUGGAGAAGAUGCUGGAGGACAAUGAGGAUAUGAUCAUACCUGACGAUAUGAGACGAUUCUUAAACGAGAGGUAUGGAAAUCUGUUGGGAGUAGAUUCUGUGGUACCUGAGAAUGAUGAACAACCAAUGACGAGGGGAAACAAUCCAAACCAAGAUGUUGCAUCAAUGGACUCGUACUCAAAUCAACCAACACCCAUGCCAGAUAAUAUGAAUGACAUGCAACACUCUCCUGGUUACUAUGGUAAUCAAGGAGGAAUGAGCCAAUCACAGCAGCAAGGCAUGGCGUUCAACAAUGGAGGGAACCCCCAACAGUUCAAUCAGGGACAAAUGUGUAGUGGUAGCUCAAUGCCACAAAACAUGCAGCAACCGAUGCCACCCAAUAUGGGUCAAGGUGGCAUGCCUAAUCAGCAGGGGCUGCCACCAAACAUGCAGGUGAAUCAGAUGUGGCCUCAAGGGGGUCCACCUAAUUAUAAUAAUAUGCAACAAGGGAUGCAAGGUAACAGUGCAUCACAGUUACCUCAGGGACAAAGUGGCAAUGUGUUGCCACAGAACAUGCCACCACCACACACAAGUGGCAACAUGAUGCACCCACCUGUAAGUGGUGGCAUGCAACCACCCUCAAAGGGUGUGCAGAUGAUGCAGUCCCACCAAGGCCAGACAGGACACCCAAUGAUGGGUAAUCACAUACCACAUCCUCCUGGUGGCCAGCAGAUGCCACAGGGUGUGCCCAUGUCGCCAAUAGCACCACAACAACGUAUGAACCAAUCAAACAUGGGAUCUCUUCAAAAUAUGCAGCAUGGUAAUCGUGUAAUGAACAACAUGAAUGGUGGCAAUAUGAACCAUUGGCAGAUGAUGAAUAAUACUGGACAGAGUGAUGGAAAUUCAAUGCCUCAGGGUCAAAUGCCACAAGGCCCGAUGCCACAGCAGCAGUAUAUGCCUCACCCACCCAGCAUGAAUAAACAACAAGGCAUGCAGUCCAACAUGUCUCCCAACAUGCCACAGUCAAAUAUGCAGCCAAUGCCACCCAAUAUGCAGCAAGGUAUGCCACCCAACAUGCAGCACAUGCCGCGGCCACCACCAUCAAGUAAACAGGAGCGAGACAGCCCGCAAGUUCAAGUUCCCCAUAUCAGCACAUCACAGAUCCCAUCUAAAAACAAGGCAGCCAAUCGAAACCAAAUGAUAAUGCGUCAGCAUCAGCAACAGAUGAUGGCCAAUCAGAGCACAUAUAACAACAACAACAACAAUAACAAUAAUCAGAUGUAUCCAGCGAUGGGCAACAUGGUCGAGGGGUAUGGGGGAAACAUGUACAACAAUAUGGGGCAAGGUAACAUGGAGGUGCCCCCUAUGUACCCUCAGCAAAAUAUGAACAUGGCACCUCAUCCCCCAUCUGGACCCCCACACAAACCAGGGGGCCAACAGCCGCAACCCCCUCAGAUGUCCCAACAGCAGCACAAUCAGCAACUCAAACCAAAUGUCUACCAACAACAGACUCAACAGCCCCCUACGUCAGGGAGCGCUUACCCAAACCCCCUCGAAAUGUCUCCAGGGUGCAAUCAAGUGACAAGCUCAACAGAUCGGAAGGAAAUCACAGCUCCACCUAUUGAGGAAUUCAUGGAAAACAUUAAUUCAAUUUCAUCAGAAAAUCUGUUGGAUAACAUAAGCUCCAUAUCGACUGAAAACAUAAAUAACAACAUGUACACUGGCAUGAACCAGCGAUCCGCAUCUCAAUCAUCAUCACGGUAUAAUCCACAAUCCUUACCCGCCAAUAACAUGGUAGUGAACGAUAUGAGCUCAGUGUUAACACAGUUAGCUGAGGAAAAUAAGUACCUAAGCAUGCGUCAUUGAUAAUAAUUGUGGAAUAAUUUGUUACUGUUUGUAUGGAGUGUCAAUCAGAGGCUUCAUACUGUUUCUUCCAAAUACUAAUUGGAUAUAGGUACUUGUACGCAUAUCAUUGCAAAAUUGUGUCAACAUCGUUUCAUUUUUUUAAUGCAUAAACCUUUGAACAUAAAGAGAUGCAUAUUACACAUUUUCUCUGUGGAGAAUUCAAUUAUCAUUAUCUGUUUCAUUAGUGGUGUAGAACUUUGUGAAUUGAUGGAUGGCAGGAAAAGUGUGAAUGAUCAUGUAUCUUGUGAAAGUUCAAAAGUGCUAAUUACGUUCUCAUAGUAAUCAAGGAUGGAGACUUAAUUACUUAUUGUUAUUACCAAUUACCUGGUAUACAUCAGUGUUAUAUUGUUUGACUCUGGAGGAGAAAAUAAUCUCGACUGUUUUGCUCAGUGCUAGCAUCAUGAAUUGUAUGUUACAGUGACCUUAUUACAUGUACAAUGACCUAUAUAUUUGUUAAUGAAGUAUUAUAUUGUGUAUUGAUUUUGUCUGUUAAGAUGUAAAAUUACUAAGAAAUUUUUAAACAAGAUAUGUUUUUAAUACUAAAGAUUUACUUAACUAGCCUUAAAGGGAAAAAAACACUCCUGAAGAUGGAUGUUAAAGAUUUAUAUAGCAAUAAAAUUUUAUUAAGAUGGCUGAAAGAUCUUACAAUCUUGAGACUUGAAGUAUUUAUAUCUUAGGAUAAGUUCUAGAAUGGUAGGAGCUAUUUCACAGUAUAACUGUGGGUUUGAAAACCAGAACAUGUUACUUUAUUUCUAGUUUUUAAAUGCAAGUAUAAGUCCUUCAUUGUCUGUGGUGGCAAUGACACGCUUUGAGAUUAUAAACAGAUUUAUAGUAGAAGUUCUGAAUUACCAAUUUAUUUGAAUGAUGAUCUCUACUCCAGUAACAUUACUACGUAUUAUUUGUUAAAGAACGUUGUUCCUUCUAGUAUUAAUGUGCCAUUUUUAAAUUUUGUUAACUCAGUAUGAAAUACUCUUACCUACCCUAUCACCUACAAUACAAGGCUGUAUUUAGGGUACAAGUUCUAUUUUCAUACUGACCAGCAUUUUUUUACUCCACGAAAGAUAAAAGUGAAAGCAAAAUGAUAACAUAAGCAUUUAAACAUAGUUUACAGGCAAACAGGUAUUAAGGACGUUUUUCUGAAUCAAUUUACUAGGAUAUACACAUACUAGGAACAUUGCGUUCAAAUAAAUCAAACUGGAUAUCAUUUUGACGGAACAAGGACAAGCUCUGGUAUAAUUGGUGCUUUAACUAUAUUUUUUUUAACUUUUACUUAAGUUCUCAUCAAAUGUGCCUUAUUUACGCAAUAUACAUACCGAAUGUGCUAUUCUGAAUUCAGACGUUCUUGUGUUUCAAAAUCAAAUGAAAAUGUUAAUGUCAUAUUAUUUGUUGUUACAUUUUUACUACAUGCCUUCUGCAUUGACAAAGUGCUACACUUGUAUUAUAAAUGGAUAAAGUGAUGGUUGACCCUCAAAUGGAAGGUCACACCAUAGAAUCAGUGCACAGUAACAAAAUGAGAUUUUAUUUUUAAAAAAAACGAGAAUUUACUUUUACUGUUUUACUUUUAUUCCUUAAACUCUCCAUGGUUGUUUUUAAUGUUCAUUUUUUUUUCUUCGAUUAUUUGAGAUUUUAAUACUCGAUUUAGUUAGCUUAAAAUACAGGUCUUUUAAGGGUUACCCCCCUUUGAUCUGUCUUCAUAGCUGAGGUAGGUAACAGAAAUUGGUCAUUCACUUGUAAGUAUUCAAUCUUUUUUACAGUUUUUUUUAAUUGUUUUUGUUUUUGUUUUUUUUUAACUUUUAAGAGGGUAUUUUUCAUGUUUAAAUUUUAACAUGUAAAAUGAAAUUUGAAAUGCUACAUAUUGCUAAAAUUUUGUUUUAUCACACCAUAAAAUGGCUGCAACAAUUUUUUAGUAUUUCCAAGUUUACGCGAUACUUUUUUUUCAGUAGCCUUUAAUGAUAAGAGAAGAACUUUCUGAGGUAGAUAUUUUUUGUAUUUUCUCAUCACAAAACAGCUACAGCUACUUUCCCCAUCAGUUUGUUCUAUCCAGUAGCUGUAGUCAUUUCACUGAAUGCAUCUUCUGUUAUUUAGUAACCUGAGAUGAUUUAACUGUACUUAGAUCCAAGAUCAGCGAAGAAAUAAGAUUUCAACAAUACUUUAUAUGUUUAGGAAAAACAAGAUGAGUACUGUUUGGUCCAAUUUUCACAGAUAAGAAUAAUAGUUAUUCUAAGAUGUGUUGUUCAUGCUGCAUGUCCAUUGUAUAUAAGUACUCAUAUUGCCAUCAUACUUGUGAGCUACGUGCUACAUAUGUAUCCGUCCACAUUUCCAGCCUCCUAUGUAUUAGACUAUUUUACACUGUUUUACACUGAUUACAAAUACAUGUAUCUAAAUUUUAGUUAAUUUUAAACUCAAAAUACUUUUUUUUUUAACUUUUUCUUUGAACAUUGGUUGAUGAAAAAGGACAUGUUUUCAGAAAGUUUAACUUGAAAUACCACAUCUUGAGUUUGAGUUUAAAUGACCGCUAAUGUUUUAUCCCAGAAAAAAUAGUCAAAUAUCUAACAGGAUACACUUGUUCAAAUCUUUGUCAGACUGUGUGUCUCAGGGGGCUCUGAUUUUUUAUAAGAAAAUGUUGAAAACUUCAUUUCAGCUCUAUUUAUAAUGAUGAACACUUAAUCAUGUAAAUGUUUAAAAAAAAAACAAAAAAACAAAAACAAAAAAAAAAGAAAAAAAAGAGAACAAAUCUUAUUUUCAGGCAACAACUAUGUCAAUACAUAUUUAAUAUUUCUGUCAAAUGUUGCAAAAAAUGAAGUCCCAAUUUGCUUGGACUGUGAUCACCAGAAUUUUUCUACAUCAAAGUAAAUCAGAAAGAUGGUCUUUGAUGGUAUUCCGUGACAUUUUCUUUUCAAUACAUUGAUCUACAUAAAGCGAAACUCCGACAAUCUCCCAUCACAUUUUUUUGUGUAAUACCCUACGGUAAGGGUUUCUGGUAAGAUCUCCCAUUUAAUGAAACGCCAACUUUCACAAAAGUAAGAUGCAAAUUUCGUCGACAAGUGACAUGUACACUGUGGAGUAGCUGAGUGAAUAAUAUUCUUUGUCUCAUGGCUAGUAUCAGAGAUAUAGAUGUCUCUGCUAGUAUAUACUUUCCAAGGUAAACUUUAAUGUUGAUAGGACCGUGAUGCUCUCUGACUUCGAUUUGAACAACUAGAUCCUAACUGGAAAGAGUGGUGAUUGUGUAGUAAUAUGUCCCUUUUUAUGUAUAUUUUAGCAUUUAUUCCUUUUAUGUGUGUGCCCUUUGUCUAAAGGUGCUUCCUACCCUGGGUUAACAAGAAAUGGGGUUCGGUAAAUUAAGGUGCAGUUGCGGAAGCAACAGCUUCUAGGGGAGAUAACUUCAGUUACGAUUUAGGUAGCACACCACUUAAUAUUAUCUCUGAGUAAAUCAGUAAUAAAAUGGGUCAGAAGUUUCUUCAAAGUGGAUUUUGAUUUUGCAUUUUUUGGUAAUAAGAAGUUAAUGAAUUGUAAGUAUUUCUGAGCUUCAAAACCCAGGUUGUUGUGUACACUUCUGUAUUAGAAGUAUAUACAGUGUUGCAUGAUGGGAUUCAUUUGGUGGAAAUAAAAACCCAAUUCGUUGGUGUGCUACCUAGGUGUUCCAUACAGAUGAAUAGCUUGCCAUAAGCAAGUCUAUGCAAAUUAGAAAAUAGCUAUGCAAGUAGGCUUUGUGAUUCUUAUGUACCGACAUUUACUCAUAUUUACAGUUAAUUCAUAUCUAUCAUAGGUUAUAUUUUGCAAAGACAAACAUAUUUUUGUACCACAUAAUGCUCUGGUACCAAGUACGUCAUAUAAUGGAAUAACAAUGUUUUAGGUGUCAUAAAAAUGUAAAUAUAUUAUGUGAAACCAACAACA